UAAGUUUUUCCCUCCCUUCAUCUAUGUCGGCAAAGGCCAGCAAUAAAGUAGUAAAAGUUACUGUGUGAAUCUUAGAAAAAUAUUUUUAUAUAAAAGAAAAGAUGGUGUCGGAUCUCCGUUAUGUAAAUUAUAGAAAAAGGCGUUUAUUUUCAGUCUCUUUGGGCUUAGAUCUCUCUACCCCAAAAAUGGCUUCCCUUUGGCCACUAACUUUGAUUUGCAUUUUCGCUUUCUCACUCUCCGUUGCUCAUUCCAAAACUCUCAAGAGAGAUGUCAAAGCCUUAAAUGAGAUAAAAGCAUCACUUGGAUGGAGAGUGGUAUAUUCGUGGAUUGGGGAUGAUCCCUGCGGAGAUGGUGAUUUACCACCUUGGUCUGGUGUAACUUGUUCUACUCAAGGAGACUAUAGAGUUGUUACUGAAUUGGAAGUAUAUGCAGUAUCAAUUGUUGGUCCUUUUCCUAUUGCUGUAACUAAUUUGUUGGAUUUAAGAAGGCUGGAUCUCCAUAACAACAAGCUGACUGGCCCAAUUCCUCCCCAAAUUGGACGGCUGAGACGACUGAGAACGUUAAAUUUGAGGUGGAAUAAACUCCAAGAUGUCCUUCCUCCAGAGAUUGGUGAGCUGAAAAGACUAACCCAUCUGUCUCUGAGCUUUAAUAAUUUUAAGGGUGAGAUUCCGAGGGAGCUUGCCAAUCUACCAGAGCUUCGCUAUCUCUACCUUCAAGAAAACCGUUUCACUGGGCGAAUUCCACCGGAAUUGGGCACUUUACAAAACCUUCGGCACUUGGAUGUUGGUAAUAACCAUUUGGUGGGUACUAUUAGGGAGCUUAUUCGUAUUGAAGGAGGCUUUCCAGUUCUACGUAAUUUGUAUUUAAAUAACAAUUAUUUGACUGGAGGAGUUCCUGCUCAGCUGGCUAAUUUGACAAAUUUGGAGAUAUUGUACCUUUCAUACAACAAGAUGUCUGGAGUAAUACCAUCAGCACUUGGCCAUAUUCCUAAAUUGACAUAUCUGUAUUUGGAUCAUAACCAAUUCUCAGGCAGGAUUCCAGAUGCAUUCUAUAAGCAUCCUUUCUUAAAAGAACUGUAUAUCGAAGGGAAUGGUUUCCGGCCAGGUGUAAACCCCAUUGGUGCACACAAGGUUCUUGAACUCUCAGACACAGAUUUCUUGGUUUAAUCAAACUGUCCAAAAGACUACUAGAAAUCUCAUGGCCAUGGGUUCCAAGAAAGUAUGGGGCUCGUAUUUAAUACUGUAUUCUUUUACUAUGCUAGAGGAAAUAGUUAUGCUAGUUAUUCAAAGUCAGUGGUGUUUGUACUGUUGGUAUGACAAGCAUGUCCUUUAGAAUUAUCUGCAACGAUAUUGUAUCAAUAUGUGGUGUUUUAUGUAAACAGCUGAAAGCUGGAAUUGAAGAUGGACAAUGAUCAAAUGUCACAUUUGUAUUAAUGAAAUUUGAUUUUGAAAA